AUGGAAUACCACCCCGACAGCCGCGUUGAUGCAGGCGAUGACGUUGCUAACGAUGCUACAUCUUCCUCUCCAUCCGCCAACCUUCCAGACAACGACCUCAUACCCGACUCUUGGUUCUUGUAUGACGACUUGGACAUCGAUGCCAUAUCUAACGCCGACCUCCACUCCAACAACAGCACCCUAGCAUCCUCACCACCCUCUAUCUUUCCCCCCUCCACCAACAAGAAGAAUGGAAAAGCCCACUCUGGACUUCAUCCCACAAAUCCUUUCUCAUCCGCGUACAAGCCGACAGCUGCACCCGCACCUACCCUAUCACCCUGCCCAAUGGACGCACAUUGUAUCCCACCGUCCCCUAUACGAGCACUCACACCUACCCCGUCACCUCGCUCGGCGAGAAGCUCCGAACUCCUUAAUGCACGUAUCGCCUCUCAUGAAGCACGCACCGUAGAGGCAGCAGUUAGAGCCACUGCAAGAGCCACCGCAAGAGCUACCACAAAACUUCAAUCACCAUCUUUCGACAAAAACACAAGAUCAUCAUCCGCUACAUCUCUACCAAAACCUAUCCACAACGUUGUAACUCAGAAAUUCCCAGAAUCACCAUCCGAUCCCGCCAAGCCAGAUAACUCACAGGAGCCACAUACUACCUGCAACGAAACGCUUUCAAACUCAUCCCGCACCGCAGAAGCCAAAAUGACGUCUCGAGAGAUGGGAAAAGGUAGAAGAUUGUCCUCUAUAUCCUCCCAACUAUCCUCGUUUGCAGACUUUUACGUUGCUGCGACGGAGAGGUUUCCGGAAUCGCUGAAUGAUGCGGCGUUGGAGUCGGCUGGAUCGGAGCAGGUUCAUGGAUCACCUGGACCUAGUAGGAGACGCCAGGUAGUGUUGAAUGGGCGGGAGGAAUAUGACAUAGAGGACGAGGAGGGAGAGUGGGAGAAGGAAGAGGGGGAAGAAACUCCAUCUCCCGAUCUUACCCCAGUGUCGCGUUUCCAAAUUCGCGGAGAUGAUGCUAUGAUAGCUAUCACAUUGAGCGCAUCGAACAGCGGUCGGGAUAACUCGAAAUCUUUGAGUUGGGAGGAUGGCAGGGCUAAAGCUAGAUCCUCUUGCACCUCCUCUAGGCCCUCCUGUCUUGACUUGUAUGAUGCACAAAAGGAGGAGGAGGCGAGAUCCUAUUGGGAGGAUGGGCUGGCUGAGCCGAAGGGUGUGGCGGAUAAGGUGGUUCUGGCCGAUGACGAGAAUGCAGAUCCAAGCUACUCUCGCGUCAACUCUCAGUUCUCCCGUUCCACGAUACCAGCUAGAGACGAACAUAGCGAGCCACUCAACCUCUCCGAGCGGAAGCCCGAUCGCCACAAAGUCUUUCAACUUUACCUUAGCGGUUUCCCCAAGUACGAAGUGGACGAUGUCUUCUUCGAUCGUACCGAGCGCUUGAACGAGGAAGCUAAAAGGCGAGCAACAUGCAUCGAUGACCCCAACGCUGAUCCAACCCGGCCAACCUGUCCUGAGCGCAAGAACACAAAGAUGCCGCUGCAUGAACGGUUGAGCAACCUGUUGCCUUCGCCGAGUAAUUUCACACCUUCACUAGUGCCAGGUGGAUUCACAUUCGGAACCUGGGAUUAUCGGCCAAGGGAUUGGAGUCUUCGGACGAUCGAGAUGGCCAGUAUAGCCCCGGACCUGGAACUCGGAGACGACUCACUCAGGGCUCGAGCGGCUCAGUACAGUGCGAACAAAAAAACGAUCGAGAUGGCACUAGGUGAGGAUGGAAUCCUAGAGGCGGAUGUACUCAAGUGCCGACUCUGUCACAAUGUGAAGGUGCCCGGAAACAUGUCUCAUGGGCCUCAAUCUGCAGCCAAUAUCGAAAGGUUGCAGUCCCUCAUCUUGGCGCAACACGAGCUGAGACAGGAUAUUGAGCGCCUCGAGGCCAAGAAGCGUGGUGUACAAGCAUCGUUCUCAACACUACACAUGCUGCCAAUUCGCCGUCGUCUUGGAAAUGCAUUGCAAAGGCAAUCGCUGGCGAAUAACGUUGAACAGGUGAGGACGAAGAGAAUAACAGGGACGGCUGAAGAGUUGACCGAAGUACUCAUUGAGGAGUCGUAUCCACUCGAUCAUGAGCUGUACCGCGCCCUGGCCAGCCUCGAUCCUGUUGCAGAGUAUCUCUCCAAAACCCCUAGUAUGAGCAUUGCGACGGCGAACUUGGCAACCGGAGAAUCUUUCCCCUUUGCCGAUCGGGCGAGAUCGCGCCGCCCCGCUACUCGGAGAUCUUCCUCUGUAUACAGCGACCGUUCCGUGAGGCUGAAGAGUGGUACUGCCACGCCGCAUGCCGUGCUCAAGGAACCGGAAUCCACCGACGGUGGAGACGUUCCGAAUCUUCCUCAGCCUGUCGCCCAUGAUCGUGCCGCUGCCUACAGGAUCAUGCAGAGUGUUCAAAAAUACCACAACAUUGGACGAACAAGUCAGAGAUCGGCAGGCAACGGAUCCGUCGACAGCGAGUCGGCUCGAACCGGAAGGAUUUAG